CAUACCUCUUGUUUGUGGUUGAUUUCCACGAGACACUUUCCUUUGCAUUUGCAUUUCUUGCACUUGUCCUUGUCUCUUAUGUAAUCACCAGACCCCCCACAGUCUGUGCACACGCUCUGUAUCUGCUGCAUCAUGCCGGGGCCAAGUGGGCGGUGGGUCACCUUGAUACCAGACCCCCCACAGUCUGUGCACAUGUCAUGCAUGGCUGGAUUCUAACGUAAUUGCAUCGUCGAUUGUCGUCAACUGUUGAAUGUUGUUUAGUUCUCAGGAGCUCAAAGAGGAUAGUGUCAUCUCCAUGGAUACUGGAGAGUGGUGGUGACGGAGGAUGCUCCCACUCAACAAACACAUCUCCUCUACACAAUGAUAAAUACACACACUGUCAUGAGCAAUCUUUACACAUUGUAGGACAUGCUCUGCAACUAGACUAGACCUAGACCUAUAAUAUUGCCCAUUGACAGGCCUAUGGGUAUAAGCUGUAUGUGCAAUAUUCCUAGUAUUCCUAGUUACACUCACCUACUCCUGCAGCGCUAGACAACCUUCAGAUCUCUACACCUCCUCCAGCCAUUUUGGGAGUGGGCUCCUCAUAACCUUUGCAAUAGUGGGGGCGUGGCUGGUAUGCAAGAUCAACAGAACUCCAACAACAAUAGCAGCUCUCUGAUAUCUCUGAGGGAGUGUUCUACUGUCCAUGACUUGUAAUGGAUGCUCCAGUUGAACCAUCACCUCGUUAUGGCCAAUUCUCUGCAGUUGACGGACGCCAUUAUCUGUGGAGGGGGGUUGAUCCAGGACUGGGGUCUAACAUCAUUGCUGUGUAUGAUCCAAGCACUGAGCUGUGGAGCCUCUUGCCCACCACUGGACCUCUACCCCCUGGAGAGGGGGGUGGUUGCUCUGUUUGUGUAGGUCGUUGUCUGUACACCUUUGGUGGUCAUGAUGGGUCUUCUUACGUCAAUGACAUGAGCAAGCUUGAUCUGGACACUCUCCAGUGGACCAAAGUUCAAACCUCUGGUAGUCAGCCUAUGAAAAAGGCUUUCUGUGGACUUGUCCGUGUGAAUGAGAGAACUCUGUGCUGCUUUGGAGGACACGGUAUUGAGGGCACCACACAACCAGGAUCAACAUUCACCAAGACUAGAUUGUCUGAUGGAAGUGCAGGAUGUACAAACGAAUUCCAUUUCUUUGACACACAAAAUGGUGUCUGGUCGUCCCCUGAGCUCAGAGGAGAGAGACCUCCUCCCUGUUCCCACUUCACCUUCACCAUGGUGGACCAGCACAGGGCAGUCCUCUUUGGAGGGAACCAAUCUGGCAGUGGUAGAGUCAAUGAAGUGUACUUGUUUGACUUCAGGACCAUGGAGGUCACUAAGGUGAAGCCAGUACAGGGAGAGCCAUGGCCAGUGGAGAGGUCAGUCCAUGCUGCCUGUUGUCUCAACUAUGGCCAGGACCACCCUCAACUACUGGUGUACGGAGGGCAGGAUAAUGACGUCACGGCUCUGGGGGACAUGUGGACACUUAAUUAGUAAAACCAGUAGGUUUUACAUAGGAUUGGCAGUGGGUUUGCCCGUGUUUAGCAAUAUUUCAAUUAUUUUGACUCAUGUUCAAACUGUUCUAUCUCUGCAGGGAAAGGCCACAUCAAGAAACUGGCUGAACAGAUAGUUUAUUUAGCCUUUUCUCUCUUUGUAUCUCUCAUUUCAUAAUCCAUAAACAUUUUAAUGAAUGAAUAUUUUCAUUUUAAAAA